AAGUAAACAAAAGCAGUGGGUGCAAAAGAGACCUUUUUCCGGAGCAUAAGUUAUUGGGCGUUGCAGCGGUGCUGCUGUGUUCCCAGUCCCAGAGCCUGCCUGCAGAGUGCAGACGGCCAGACGGGUGCUGCAGUGACCAACGCAGCAGCCAUGACCACGACCACGACCAAGACCAUGGGGAGGAGAAGAGGGGCUGCGGCCAUUGGAGCGGCGCUGCUGUUCUUGGCCACCGCCUCCUUGGGGGCUCAUGCCAACACCGACUCCAACGAUGUGACAGCCCUCAAUGUCUUCUAUACAACAAUGAACCACCCACCCCAGCUGAAAAACUGGGUGUCACAAAAUGGAGAUCCCUGCGGGCAGUCGUGGCAGGGGAUCACUUGCUCGGGUUCCAGAGUGACAGCAAUAAACUUACCGGGCAUGAGUCUUAACGGGACUUUGGGUUACAAUAUGAACCUACUGACUGCACUAGUUCAGCUUGAUAUGAGCAAUAAUUAUCUUGGAGGCAGUGACAUUCCCUAUAAUCUUCCUCCAAAUCUCGAGAAAUUAAAUCUUGCUGGAAAUCACUUCACUGGAACCACACCAUACUCUAUUUCCCAAAUGGUCGCACUUAAGGAUUUAAAUCUUGCUCAUAACCAGCUCUCAACCAUCAGUGAUAUGUUUAACCAGCUCACCAACUUAACAACAAUGGAUAUCUCAUUCAACACAUUUUCUGGUAAUAUUCCACAAAGCUUCAACUCUAUAACAAGUUUGAAAACACUUUAUCUGCAGAACAACCAAUUCAGUGGCACGAUAGAUGUCCUUGCCAAUCUUCCUCUUACUGACUUAAAUGUCGCGAACAACCAAUUCACGGGCUGGGUCCCUGAUAAGCUAAAGAAAAUAAGGAGUCUACAGACAACUGGAAACUCAUUUAGCAAUGGUCCCGCGCCACCACCCCCACCAGCUACAAAUCCAACGCCAACGCCAACGCCAACGCCUCAACGCCCUGCUCUUCCAAGUAGUAAUGACAACAAUGGCCCAUCCAACAGCGGCAGCAAACACUCCAAACUACAAGGUGGUGCAAUAGCUGGAAUUGUUAUAUGUUUGCUGGUUCUUGGUGCAAUGUUUGCAUUCUUUGUGAUCAAGAGGAAAUCUUGGAAGUUGUCCCGAGGACAAGACCCCGAACAGAAAGAACCUCUAAGUCCCCUUGCUUCAGGAUUUAAACAGAUGAAGUCCAUCAAGAUCAUCUCAACAACUGGCAAGGAUCAAUUUCAAAAGACUGUUUCAAUGAGCUUAAAACCUCCAACAAAAAUUGACUUGCACAAGUCCUUCGAUGAAAAUGAUCUCACACCCAAGUUUGUUACAAGGAAGAUAAGUUUGUCUUCCAUCAAAAUACCUGCAUACACAGUUGCCGACCUGCAGAUAGCAACAGGAAGCUUCAGUGCUGACCAUUUCAUCAGUGAGGGAUCAUUUGGACGUGUUUUCAGAGCACAAUUCAAUGAUCAGAAGGUCCUGGCUGUAAAGAAAAUCAACUUUUCUGCAUUCCCAGGCCAUCCUUCUGAUUUGUUCAUUGAGUUGGUUGCAAAUAUUUCAAGGCUAAAUCAUCCAAACCUUGCUGAGUUAGUUGGCUACUGUUCAGAGCAUGGGCAGUGCUUGUUGGCAUAUGAAUUCUAUCAAAAUGGUUCUCUGUGUGACUUACUUAACCUGGUGGAUGAUCAAAGCAAACCGCUGUCCUGGAAUAGCCGUGUAAAGAUUGCUCUUGGAUCUGCAAGGGCAUUAGAAUACCUUCAUGAGACAUGUUCGCCAUCUGUGAUCCACAAGAAUUUCAAGUCAUCAAACAUUUUACUGGAUAAUGAGCUGAACCCCCACCUUUCGGAUUCUGGUUAUGGAGAUCUUAUUCCUAACCAGGAAUUCCAGGAUUCGGAAGAAAACUCAGGAUAUAGGGCACCUGAGGUAGCCAUGUCUGGCCAAUACUCACUGAAGAGCGAUGUAUAUAGCUUCGGAGUAGUCAUGUUAGAGCUCCUCACUGGCUGCAAACCUUUCGACAGGUCCCGACCACGAUCCGAGCAGUCGCUGGUCCGAUGGGCCGCCCCGCAGCUGCACGACAUCGACGCGCUGGACCAGAUGGUUGAUCCGGCACUCCAGGGGCUGUACCAUUCCAAGUCCCUGUCCCGCUUCGCCGACGCGAUUGCCCUUUGUGUGCAGGCCGAGCCAGAGUUCCGGCCGCCGAUGUCCGAGGUCGUCCAGUCGCUGGUCCGGCUCGUGCAGCGGGCGAACAUGACCAGGAUGUCCAGCGGCGACAGCUACACCCGGCGCGACGGCGAAUCCGCAGCGUUGGAUCUCAGGCAUUCCCUCAGCUCGUCAAGGAAAGCGCCGGGUUUUGUUAACCCAUGCAGGGCCCGUUCAUAUGCACACAUCGCGGGAAGAUCUGCCGACCAAGAGAUUGUGAUUGCCCUGGGAAGCAAUGUGGGGGAUAGGAUCAGUUCGUUUGACAGGGCGCUGCGGCUGAUGAAAGACUCGGGCAUAAAGAUCACCAGACACGCCUGUCUGUACGAGACCGCCCCUGAGUAUGUGACGGACCAGCCGCGGUUCCUCAACUCCGCUGUUCGGGGCACCACCAAGCUGGGGCCUCAUGAUCUGCUCAAGAAGCUGAAGGAGAUCGAGAGGGAUAUAGGGCGGACCGCCGGGAUAAGGUACGGCCCAAGGCCGAUCGAUCUGGAUAUUCUCCUGUAUGGCGACUCCCAGAUCAGUACCGAGACCCUGACUGUGCCACAUGAGCGCAUCCAUGAGAGACAAUUCGUUUUAGCGCCUCUUGUUGACCUUCUAGGGUCCUCGGCUGACGAUCCUAUGGAGAAAAGCUGGCACUCCCUCUCGAAGUGCAGCGGUGGGUUCUUUGAUGUGUGGAACGAGCUUGGUGGUGAAUCUUUAACUGGGACACAAGGUAUCAAGAGGGUUAUGGCUGUUGGAAAUCGUCUGUUGGAUUGGAGUGAGAGGACCCUUGUCAUGGGGGUGCUUAACUUGACGCCGGACAGCUUUAGUGACGGAGGUAAGUUUCAAGAAGUGGAGGCUGCUGUUGCUCAGGCCAAGUUGUUGAUAUCAGAAGGCGCGGACAUAAUUGAUAUUGGUGCUCAAUCCACCAGGCCCUCUGCAACAAGACUAUCUGCAAGUGAAGAACUUGAGAGGCUGGUCCCUGUUCUGGAUGCAAUCGUCAAAAUCCCCGAGAUGGAAGGGAAGCUGAUCUCAGCAGACACAUUCUACGGACAAGUUGCUGCUGAAGCUGUAAAGAGAGGAGCCACCAUGAUUAAUGAUGUGUCUGGCGGACAGCUUGACCCAAGUAUUCUUGAAGUUGUAGCUGAACUUGGAGUUCCAUAUGUUACCAUGCACAUGAGAGGUGAUCCAUCAACUAUGCAGAGUGAACAGAAUUUACAGUAUGAUGAUGUCUGCAAAGAAGUUGCUUCUGAGUUAUAUACACGGUUAAGAGAAGCAGAGUUGUCUGGAAUUCCUUUGUGGAGGAUAGUUCUUGAUCCCGGCAUUGGGUUUUCCAAGAAACUCAGACAUAAUCUUGAAAUAAUCAAGGGCUUGGGAUCCAUUAGAAAAGAGAUGGGUAAAGUGAGUUUAGGUGCUUCACAUGUGCCAAUAUUACUUGGACUCUCAAGAAAAAGUUUCUUAGGUGAAAUAUGCAAUCGUGCCGAUCCAGUUGAGAGAGAUGCAGCUACAGUUGCUGCUAAUGCAGCUGGGAUUAGGAAUGGUGCUAACAUAUUAAGGGUUCAUAAUGUUGGAUAUGGCGUGGAUGCUGCAAAAGUCUCUGAUGCAUUGCGCAUGUAAAAAGUACACCGCCAGAAUAGAAUUGAGACCAGUCUCCAGUUUUGUACAAGAAAAUGAUGAUGUAGAUUUGUAGAGUAGUUACUAUCACAUCAUUGGCUUCUCAACUCAUACCUUAUAUACCAUAUUGAGUGUAUCAUCACUUAAUAAAGCAAUAAAAGCUUCUAUAACUUUUGUAGUAAACCAAAGAUGUACAUUUUCUUGCGCCGGCUACUUCCUAGAAUGUAAAGGUAAACUCUCAACUCAGAUCAUCCAGAGAAUAACCAAGAAAAAGAAGUUGUAAAGGCUUCUACUGAGUUUUCUGCGUAAUUUGUUAUGCAAAACUAUCAUAUAAUUUAUUUUAAUUCAACAAAAUCCAAUGGAUUUUGUCAUUUUUGGAAUUUUAAGUUGUUUCAGGUCCUUUGUUUUUGCACCUUUAGACUGUUAUUAGUUCACAUAUGCUAUGCAAAUUUUAUUCCAGCUUGCUUUUCCGUGACACUUGUCUUUGUGACUCCUUAUUUUUGUUUUGAUCUUGUUGUACCAAAUGAGGAAACUCAUGCAUUGCAAGUGCCGUAUGAUAUUACUGGGCUUCAAGGGCUGGUCUGUGAUCUAUUUUUUCCCCGAGGGUUUAAUAUUGAGACCUUCUGUGAUAUACUUUGCCUGAAAUUGUCUACUCGAAAGCAUCAUUUGUUGCCACAGAGUUGAUUUCCAUCUCUCAUGCAGUUUUCUGGGUUUUAUCAAACUUCUUGUGACUCCCUAUAUGUGUUUUGAUCUUGUUGUACCUGAUGAAGAAACUUAUGCAUUGCAAGUGCCGUAUGACAUUACUAGGCCCCAAAGCUUGGUCUAUGAUCUAACCAGUUUUCUGAGGGUUUUAUUGUCUAGAUGCGAGGCCUCUGUAAUGCACUUUAUUUGGAAUUCUCCAGCUGAGAGCAUCAUUGUUGCUACAGAGUACGUUGGCAUCUCUAGCUUUUGGAGGUUUUAAAUGAACUUCUUGUUGUGACUCGUUAUUUGUGUUUUGAUCUUGUUGUACCCAAUGAUGAAACUCAUGCAUUGCAAGUGCCGUAUGACAUUACUAGGCUUCAAGGCUUGGUCUAUGAUCUAACCAGUUUUCUGAGGGUUUAUUAUGUGAUUGUGAGACCUUUGUAAUGUACUUUGCUUGGAUUUGUCUGCUUGAGAAAAUCAUUUGUUGUUUACAGAGUUGAUUUCCAUUAUAGCGGAGGCUUCUAAAAAUAGUUCUGGUUGGUUUAUGAUCCAAUGAGGAAACUUAUGCAUUGCAAGUGCUGUAUGACAUUACUAGGCCUCAAGGCUUGGUCUAUGAUCUAACCAGCUUUCUGAGGGUUUUAUUUUCUAGAUGCAAGACCUUUUUACUGCUUUUCGCAUGGAAUUUUCUACUUGAAAGCAUCAUCUGUUUCUAUACAAUUGUUUUCCACCUUGGCAUUUUUAGUUUUAAAUCUUAACUGCUUCCUAAUAAUUAAAAAGUUUACCUGUGAUUCGCUUCUUGUGCAUUUUUGUUCCUCCUGUGUCCACUGAUGAAACCUUAAGAACUGCAUGCUGGAUCAUUAUACCGCCAUAGAACAUGGCUUGUCCAUGAUAUCAGUGCAGGUUUGGCAAGGGCUUGCCCCUUUUAUACUAUUGGGCACUUGUUAGCAUAUUUUGUACAGAUUUGUUGUGUAAAUUGAAGCUAUUCCAGCUUGCCGGCAAUCCUGUUCUACUCAAUGAGGAAAUUCAUGCAUCGCAAGUGCCGUAUGACAUGCCCUCAAGGCUUGGUCUUUGAUUUAACCUGAUUUCUGAGGGCUUUAUUAUUGUUUAAAUGCAUGACCUUUUUAAUAUGUUUUUUUUGUUUUGGAACUGUCUACUUGGGAUCGUCAUUUGUUCCUACAAGAUUGACUUCCACCUUUCGUACAUAUUUCGCUUUUGAAUAUCCAUAGGUGGCUUCUUGUGCAUUUCUGUUCCUGCCAUGCUCACCGAUGAAACCAUAUGAACUGCCAGUGCCUGAUGGUUACAGUCAUGUCAAUUGUAUUGAUGCAGGAUUUAAAAACCGACCAGUUUUCUACCGGCUUUGAAGGAUCUCCAUGUGUGGCUCCUGUGCCAUUUUUAUCCCUGGCCACUGCUGAAAUCGCAAGUAACUGCAAGUGUGGGAUGAUCAUUGCUAAAGGAAACCCAAUCAGUGAUUCAAGUCAGGUUUUCGAGGCCUUGUCUUCUCUAGAUGUAUUGGACUUCCCUGUCAAAUGAUUAUAUAUAUGCCUCAAGGACUCUUAUUCUUGACACGCUGUUCUGUGCCAUGUAUAUUUUUCCUUGGGAGUUGUUCAUAAGGUGCAAUGGCACAAUGUGCUCGAUUUGCUAAGAGGCUUUGUUUUCCUUC